CCCAGACCUCAGUUUGGUCACAGCAGUUGGGUGUUGCCUCUCUCCGGUCUCUCUGCUGGUAACCCCACCGGUCCUGGUCCUGCUCCCCCCAACUACACCACGCAUCGGCCACUCUGAACCACGUUUCAAACUAACUGGAACCAAGAGAUUGAAGCUUUUAGGCACAAACCAUCAAAACCCUCCAAUGGAUCAGCACAAGUAUCGCACGGCGGGCGUCCAGGAGAAGCUGGAGAUCAUCGGGGUGGAGGAUGAGGCCGGAAACCCCAUCAGCGCCCUCACCAUCCUGUCGCUGCUGGAGCGCGUGGCCGGCAUCAUCGACAACGUCCAGUCCUGCCAGCAGCGCAUGGAGGAGCGUCAGCUGGACCUGGAGAGCAACAUCAAGACCAUCCAGGGCGACGUCCUGAAGCUGGCCAAGGACCACACCGACACCAGCAGCACGGUGGAGAAGCUCCUGCAGAAGACCCGCAAGGUCAGCGCCAACGUCAAGGAGGUGCGGGCGCGCGUGGAGAAGCAAAACGUGCGCGUGAAGAAGGUUGAAUCCACGCAGGACGAGCUGCUGACCCGCAACAAGUUCCGGGUCGUGAUCUAUCAGGGGGAGACAGAGGUCCCAUCAGUGGCCGUCACUAAGUCUCCUAAAGGACUCGGCCUGGAUGGGCUGGAGAUUGAGCCGGACUUCUACGACGUCCCCGCGGACCUGUCCUCUGAUGAAGAGUACCUGAGCGUGGAGGAGACGGACUCCUCACGAGCUGCUCGCCUCAAGAAGUCUGUGGUGAAGAGCACAGAGUCCCUGAAGGCCGCCUUCUCCAAGGAGAAGAUGAACAAAACUAAAGACAACCUGGGCACCAGGUUCCACAACCUGGGCGAGAAGGUCAUGCCGCCCGAGCGCCGGGAGAAGAUGCACCAGGCCGGCGAGCGGCUGAAGCAGUCCGGCGAGCGGCUGAAGGAGAACAUCGCCAAGAAGGCUCCGAACAAAGAGACCUUCCGCAUCAAGCUGAAGAAGGAGAGGGCGGUGGCUGAGGGGCAGGAGGGAGCAGAGGCCGACCCCGAGGCCCAGGUCCAGGUGGAGGAUCCACAGGAGGCUUCUCCGGAGGUCGCCUACACCGAGGUGGGCCUGGAAACCAAGAGGGAGGGGCCAGUGGAGGAGGCCGGCGCCACCCGGAUAGGAUAG